CCCUGCCCCCACUCCUGUGGCACGCGUCCUUUUCCUUCGGUCGGGUCGUCGCCUCGCAGCCAUUCCUCUUGGCUGCGUCUGGCGUUUCGGCUCCGGCUCCCCUUCUUCUCCCCUUCCAUUACCCUUCCUCCUCUUGCCGUGUUCCCGAAAAAUUUGAUAGCGCGCUUUUCCUGGUUGAUCCCUCGGUUCGAAAACUCAUUCGGAAGGAGAAAGGUUCAGGAGCAGUGUGAAGUCUUUUGAGGCAAGAACAACUUGCAUUUGGAGUGAAGGUGACAAGAAGGUCCCCCACUGACAGAACCUGUCUGCAGCCACUACUGUCUGUUUUCUCCUAUCAAGACCAUCAAGACUAAGUGAGGCAGCCGAUUGAACUCUCGGAGGUCCCUGCAUUUCCCCUGCAAGCUCCCGGCUUGGAGGCUCUGAGUGAGUGGUGAGGAGAGGCUCGAGAAGAGGUGUGUGGAAAAGAAGAAUCGGACUCCGUGCCUUCUUUGGACGGUUCGGUUAACUCUGCAGGCUCAACAAUGUCUGAAAACCUGGAAAGCAGAUACAGCCGCCUUGGCUGGGAUCAAAUUAAAAUACUAGACCAAGUAUUAAGUGAAGACGUACCAAUUCAUGGAAGAGGAAAUUUUCCAACCCUGGAAGUGAAAACAAAGGAUAUCAUCCUCGUGAUUCAAGAAGAACUCCAGAAGAAAGAGAUCGUCAUUAAAGAUAUCCGUCUGAAUGGUUCAACAGCUAGCCACAUCCUUACAAAGCAGAAUGGAACCAGUUAUAAGGAUAUCGACAUCAUUUUUGGUAUUGGGUAUCUCGGUGAGCACGAAUUUCAGGUUGUGAAGGAAACCGUUCUAGAUUGCCUGCAAGACUUCUUACCAAAAUGUGUCAACAAAGAAAAGAUCACAUCAAUGACCAUGAAAGAUGCCUACGUUCAGAAGAUGGUGAAAGUUUCCAACGAACAUGACCGCUGGAGUCUCAUUUCUUUGUCAAACAACACUGGGAAGAACAUGGAGUUCAAAUUUGUCAGCUCACUUAGACGCCAAUUUGAAUUCAGUGUUGAUUCCUUUCAGAUAAUCCUAUCCAACCUUCUUGAUGUCUACAGAGAUGCCGAUUAUGUGCUGAGCGAAGAAUCCUCCCCAGAUGUUGUGGCAGAGAGCAUGUAUGGGGACUUCGAACAAGCAAUGCAUCAUCUGCAAAACAAGCUUAUUUCCACCAGAAAACCUGAAGAAAUUAGAGGCGGAGGCCUUCUCAAAUACAGCAACCUACUGGUUCGUGAUUUCAAGCCAGCAAGUGAGACCGAAAUCAAAACUCUGGAACGUUACAUGUGUUCCAGAUUCUUCAUUGAUUUUCCUGAUGUGACAGAGCAACAGAGGAAGAUUGAGUCCUACCUACAUAACCAUUUCGUAGGUGAAGAGAAGAGCAAAUAUGAUUACCUCAUGACCUUGCGUGGAGUCAUCGAUGAAAGCACUGUAUGCCUCAUGGGGCAUGAAAGAAGACAAACCCUGAAUAUGAUCACCAUUCUGGCUCUAAAAGUACUCGGAGAACAAAACAUCAUUCCCAACACAGCCAACGUAACCUGCUUUUACCAGCCUGCUCCAUACAUCACUAAUAGAAAUUUCAGCACCUACUAUGUGGCUCAUGGACAUCCAUUCCUCUAUCAGUCUUACCCACUGCAUAUUCAUAUGCAGAAUGGUUUGGUUUAAGUAAAAUUAAGGCAGCAAACCAGCUGAAAUAAAGACCUCCUGAAAGCAAGUUUUCAAAUCCCACUGAUUUUUGAAUCUAUUUUUUUUUGAAGCUUAUCAAUUAUUUCCCGUCAGUCACAGAUCAUACUAUCUGUCACCCAUCAAGUCAGGCCACAAAAACAAAACAAAACAAAUUACAGAAGAAAAAAUUAACUGUGACUUUACCAUCACCAACUGUGGCUUUCAAGUAUUCCUAAGAAAUGCAUUAGAGGUUUUUUCAUCUUUGACAGAAAAGAAGAAAAGACAGUUUCCAAAUUCAGAGGCAGAGUUAUGCCAACUACCACAAAAUUUUUUAAUUAAAUGUGACCAGGACCAUUUUUAUCACUUAAACUUUUUAGUUACCAUUUAAAAAAAAAUCCAGCAUUUAAAGUCCCAAAUUCAGAAGAUAUUAAGAUGAUAGGUCAAAUAUAUGGUCAAAUGCAAAAAUCUUAUCUUAUGUAUUCAAAAAUACUUUUUGAGAAAGGAGGCUAUUAUGUUAAUAAUUUUUUUUUUACUCUGUGUGGCUGAAAAGAUGAAAAACCAUCUGUACAAAAGAUCCAAUGAUUACCUGUGUAGGUCACUUUGGUUUCCUCACUGUUACAAAAAAUGAAAACGAUAACUUCUACAAGCAGAAGCAUUCUGUAAAUAAUUGUCCAACUAAAACAUAAGCUCUAAGACAAACGGGAAAAACAGGCAGGUCUGUGGCAUUUUGAAAUUAUACCAUAGUGGCAUUUACAAUUUCAUUGUAGAUUUGUCCUCCAUUUUAAAAUGUCUGUGCACAUACAAUAGUGGCAGGUGACCUCAUGAACAAGAAAUGAAGUAUUUGGGGUUUCUUUUUGUAGUUAUCAAAAAGCAGUUUCCAACAAGCCACUCAAGUACCUCCCUGUGUCAGUUUUCCCCUGAAUGCUAUAACUUAUUCUGCAAGUGUACCUGUUCAUUGCUAGAUUCUCUGAUAUUUACAUAGCAGAUCAAAUAUGUUGUUUGUAAAACUACCUAUAGGAUAAAACUUUUCCCCCCCUCUUCACAAACUUACUCACCUGUGAACAAUAUUUUGGGGGAUGAUGCAGAGAAGGUGAGAAAGUAACCUCUAGGGCAAAAGUAUGUAACCCUGCUGGAAGGCUUCCAGCACUUUUUCUGAUUUCUGAUUUGCAUUUUGAUUUUUCCAUUUAACAUUAUGUUCCAUAGAUAAGCUUAUCCCCUACCAUAUUAUGUUUUCUCUUAAGAAUUUUAUAUUCAUUUUAAACUAUUAAGUAUUUCAGUUAGGUUUUGUUUUCUUUAUAGCAGUACCAGACACACAAGUGAGUGCACAACUCUGCUAUUUCCGAGUAUACAAUAUUCUGAGAUCUGCCAUUUUCUGCACCAUAACACAACCUUCUAUGUGUAAUCACAUAUAUGUAACAUAGAACUUUAGGUUUUAAAAAUGUUGUUUGCAAUGUUACAUGGCCUCAUUUCUUGCUUUACUAGUAUUUGGGCCAGAGUAUGAAAAUCAUAUGUAAAGAAGAGUUAUUUCACUAAGAAUCCAUCUGUGCAUGGUAGAUGAAGACCAGGUGUAAUUUUCUCAUUGAAAGAUAGUAAGUCAGAUUCCACCCUCAGCAUAUUCUUAGUUGAAACCAUUGCAAAACAACAAAGGUCCAUUUGCUUGAUUAUAUGCUUAUGAAACAACCUGACAAUAACAACAGUAAUGAUGAGUCAACAGAAAAUGAUGUUGUCUGCAAGUAGCAUUUUUCAUUGAAUCCUAGCCUUGUGAAAGCCUCUGAGUCCAUCUCUCUGGCAAGGAAUCCAUCAGCUUCUUAAAUGGUUCAACUGGUGAUAGGAAUUCCUUAUAAGCUACAAAGAAGAAUCCUCAAGGUGUUCUGCUGAGGGUGUCACUGGGACUCUAAUUACUCCUGACAAAUGAAUUUCUUUCUCUACAAGACUUGGAUGGCAGCAAAGACAUGCACUUCUCUCAUUUCUUCACUAUACUUUUACAUUGGAGGACAAAAUUUACUAAUGUGUACAUGACAUUUUCUGUCAAGUGGGAACCCUCACUUGAAACUACUAGAGAAAAAUCGCUUCUUUAAAAGAGGAUAAUGAAUGGCCUCGGUUCUUUUAGCCUUUUCCUGUCCAACCAUCUCCCCAAAAAUGUUUUAUGUUGACCUAAAAUAUCCUACUGCAUAACCAGCUCAUACAGAGCAAACCAGUGAUUUGGGAAGCCAUAUUAUUUCAAGUCAUUGGAAAUUUCUCACUAAGAGAACUGGACAGUGACUGUUGGACCUCCUGAGAGAGUGCAGAUUGUGUGGGACUUUGGCUCAAUGUUGUAUAUAAUUCAUUCUAUCUUAUGUGAAGUGUUACCUUUGCAUUCUGGGCUGAAGCUUACAGCAUUAGAUUGACUUCUGAGAAAAUUCAUCUGAAAGAACUUCUUGGUCUAGUACUAGCAUUUCACCUGUUGCUUUAGCAACUAUAUAGUCAACUGCAAAUGUAGGAUUUGUAUUUGUGCUACCAGAAUGUUCUUACCUUUUAUGGAUAUCAAAUCUAUUGUCAACUGGCAAAAUUGUUGGGGUGGAAGAUUUGUAACUUGUAUAUAGAAAUAGUUCCUUAGCUAAUGUGUUUAAUGUUCAUUGUAGAGAAAAUUGGGAUAGUAGGAUUAAACUGUUUUGGUUAGGAAAUAGCCUGAGUUAAUUUUAAAACAUGAAACAAAAGCUUGAACUGUACCCAAAUGCCUAAACCUUGUUUUAUUGUUGUUUCAACUUAAAUGAACCUGAAUUCAAAAGCUACAGUGUGUAUGUAUGUUUUUAGGCCAUAUCCUAGUAGCAAAUAAAUGUUUAAAGACACUAUUAUGUCUCA